CCUCGAUGAGGCUCUCAUUGCGCAGUGGUGCAGCAAGUUGUUCGCAUGACUCCUUCAACCAAGACACCCAAGCAUAAUCUUUUCACGUGCUAACCACGACCAUACACAACGCGACUUGCCCGGGUCCGUGAAAGCCGCUCAUUCCCCAGAGUUUCGGUUUUCACUGUUUUCGUUCAUCAUGCAUAGAGCUAAGUAAGCCAUGAAGCUAGGUUAGAGGGCUUGGGGGCGCAGAAAUGCUCAGUCGGCUGGGCCGAUACCUGGGAUGCCUUGGGACCGGCUCUGCGCCAAAGACCGGCAGGGGAGAGCCAUAUAAGGCGCAAGCGGAUGGACAGCAGGCCCGGGGCCAGACGCAGCAGGAGGCGGCCUCGGUAUUCGAGCUUGCCUUCCAGGUGUUGAAGGCCAAGACAGAGCAGCUGCUGGCGAAUGACCAGUCGCUUCUCAGCCAAGAGUACAACAGUCUUUUAGAGUGUGAUGUCCUCGAAACGGUGGAGGCAGCGGAGCACACCAACAACGCCGGCAAGAACCGCUAUGUGAAUGUGCUCCCUUUCGAUUACAACCGCGUUAAAAUAUCUGGAGAGGAUGGGCAGGACUACAUCAACGCGAGCCUCGUGCAGAGUGCGCCCGAAGAGUCGCGUGGUUGGUGCUACAUCGCGGCCCAGGGGCCCCUCGCAUCAACGGUGGAUGAUUUCUGGAAAAUGGUGUUCGAAAACAACUGUUCCAUACUGAUAAUGCUCACCCGCACUGUGGAGAACAACCACAUCAAGUGCGCUGACUACUUCAACCAGCGACCAGGGGAAACGGCCAAGUUUGGCUCGUACCGGGUGACAACGACGGACGUGCAGGAGGUCAGCCCGGACAUCACCAAGCGGACGCUGCAGCUCAAGUUGUACACGACCCAGGAGGUGCACGAGGUUACGCACUACCACUACCACCGCUGGCCGGACUUCGGUGUACCGGAGUCGACAGAGCCCAUCCGCAAGCUGAUUAAACUGCUGUACCAGACGCGGAGAGAGCGGGAAACGACGGUCGUGCACUGCAGUGCUGGCAUCGGGCGGACGGGGACGCUGAUGGCGAUCGACGUCAUCCUGCGGCGGCUGUGGGCAAUGGCGGAGGCGCGCACGGUCGUGACGGCGGAGGACGUGACCACGGCCGUGGACUUGCCAGCGGUGGUGCACACGCUCCGGCGACAGCGCAAGGGCAUGGUGCAGACGCUGGAGCAGUACUUUUUCUGCUAUGAGGCGCUGCUGCAGGAAAUGGAGGACAGCAUGGGCCGGGCUGCUGCGGCGGCGGCAGCUGCGGCGGCGGCGGGCGCUGCAGCAGCCGCAGGCGCUGCAGGGGCAGCAUCCGGCGACGGCGUGAUCACGGCGGCCGCAGCGCCGGCGGGCAGGAACGGGAAAAAGCAGGGCUCGCCGCCGCCAGGGUGAGGCUGUGUGCCGCGGACC